AUGGUAGCAGUUUACCUGAUCACAUUGGUGGGUAACAGUCUAAUCCUUGUCAUGGUUAGAGUUGAUGACCAGCUUCUCACCCCUAUGUAUUUUUUCCUAAGUAACCUGUACUUCCUCGAUAUCUGUUACUCUAGCAAUUCAGUACCUUUUUUGUUGUUCAAUGGUUUAAAAGACGACCCUACCAUUUUUUACACUAGCUGUUAUGGUCAGAUGACAAUCACUAUUUUUCUGGGGAUGACAGAGUGUCUCCUCCUUGCUAUCAUGGUUUAUGAUAGAUUUAUUGCAAUAUCUAAUCCUCUGUGUUACACCAUCAUUAUGAACAACCAGGUCUGCAUACAGUUGGCCAUGGUGACUUGGGCCAGUGCCUUCCUUUUAGCAAUAAUACUGAUCAUUGCAAUUCCUGCCCAUUUUUGUGGAUGCAAUGUCAUCAAUCAAUUUACCUGUGAGGUCCAGGCCCUAUUGAAGCUCACUGGCUCAAACACCACAGUCAGACUUAUUCUGGGUCUGGUCAUAGGCAUAUUCACACUGCCCCUACCUUUUAUCUUCAUUCUCAUCUCCUAUACUCGCAUUGUGGUUGUCAUGCUAAGGAUCCACUCUGCAGAGGGCAGGCUCAAAGUUUUUUCCACCUAUAGGUCCCACCUGACUGUGGUCACCAUAUUUUAUGGAACAGCCAUCUACAUGUACCUGAAACCUCAAUCAAGGGAGUCCCAGGACCAGGGUAAAGUCAUCUCUGCAUUUUAUGGUGUUGUAACUUCUAUGUUGAACCCCCUCAUUUACACCUUGAGAAACAAAGAUGAAGAAGUUAGACAGGGUUCUCUCUGGAGAGAGAAAUAUGUUACAUCUGGAAGUGGAGAACAAGCCGCAGGAAAGUUUCUGACACGAAAUCAAGACUGGAUGAAUAGAAAGUCUCCAGAAUGGUACAGUUAUGCUGUGGCUAUCCUGAAGAUCCACUCUGCAGAGGCCAGACUCCAGGCUUUUCCUACGUGUGGCUUCCACUUGACCAUGGGCAUCAUUUACUAUGGCACAGCAAUCUUCACGUACAUGUGCCCACACUCUCAAUCUUCCCAGGAUGAGGGUAACAUCUAUGGUGCUGCCGAAUUGGCUUUCCCCUAUUCCCUUCCUUCCUAUGGAGUUGGUCUGGCUUACCCAGUACUAGCUGUGUUGAAUGGGUAA